AACUCUUUACCUUCCAAGCACUAGCCGACCGGGAUGUCCGGCCUUCUGACAUGUAUCGGAAGAAGACAUCAUCUUAACACUGGAGUGUCGUGCUCGAUACAACAAGCAACCGCCAACAUCACAUCGUUAAGUCGACAAGAAUUUAACACUUGGCGGCUUAUCUCACCUUUGCAAAGGCAUCAGCAAGGUCACCUAGCAUGAAUCAUAUAUGGCCUACCUGGAAACGGUAUGCGCCACCAACCGGGAAGACUAGGAAGACUCCGAGCUUAGAGCUUCUGUGACACUUGAUGGGAAGAAAGAGGCUUGCUAUACGUAACAAAGGGCAAGUUGGAGACGGUAUGCUGAGGCUAUCAGAAUGGAUUGGGACAUAGCUUCCAUGCUAUAAAGCAGAGCUCGACUGCUGUCCAGAAAGAUCACCAUCUUACAACCAGGCAUCCAUUCGCUCAAACAUACUACAGUAUCUUACCCCAAUACCCAAAUCGCCAAGAUGAAACUCACAGUUCUCGCCUCUCUUCUUGCCUCUGUGGCUAUGACCGCUAGUGCCGCACCUGCCACCGGCAUUGAGGCUCGUCAGGGAGUCCCCCGUGUACGCGCCACCUUCUACCGCGACACGCAAUGCGGCCGCGACGGCCGCCCUUACGGCGAUGACUACGUCCCGCUCCAGAACACCACCGCCACCGGCCUGAGCACGUGCAUGAAUUUCCCCCCUUCGUUCAAUUUCCCCAGCACCUACUUCAACGAGACCAUGCUCACGAGGACAAUCCGUUUCUACGACCUUCCUUGCGAGCAGCUUACUAGCGUUGACAGCGGACAUCACAUCGACAUUGCGCCUGGCUUCACAGCUGGUUGCCAGACGCUGACGCUCAAGUCUUAUGUCACUUUGUAGAUGCUCUCGCUGAUGAAAGGCAUGUUAGUGGACAGAUCAAGGAAAGCCUUUUUGUAUGGUAGUGCGGUGUAGUGUGUCGGGUCCAACGCUCCGGCUCAUAUCACAACACGUUCAGGACUUUGGAGGAAUUUCCUACACUAUUCUAGUCACUCAUUUAUAGUAGAACACAGAAUGCGGAGCAAUCCAAUAUCUAAGAGCGUGAAA